CUGGCGCGAAGGACAUAGUUCCAGCGGUGCUGAACGUAGUUGUGCUUCGACAGUUGCUCGGUCACAAGCAGAGGAAACGGUGUGCCGUUUGCUAUUCAAUCUUGUGGAAUAAAUAUAAAAAGCGGUUACAAAUCAAUUUGUACAACAGAAACAAGUAUAAAGUGAGAGAAAAAUGCCUGACAAUCGAGGAAAUGUAGUGCAUGGCGUAAUGCCACCGCAUUACCUACACAAAUUGCCGGCUGAAGACGAGGAGAGGCUGGAAAAUAUAUUCCAGAAAUUGGAUUUAGACGGAAACGGAAGAAUCGAUGUUAAGGAUUUAUCGAAAGCGCUUCGCGAAGUUGGCGUGGACAAAUCUUAUGCAGAGAAAUUCUUGGCAAGAUCAGACAGUACCAAGAGCGGUGACAUAAGUCUGGCGGAAUUUAUACACUAUGUUCGCGAACAUGAAAAAAAUCUACGACUACAGUUUUCUCAUCUUGACAGAAACAAGGAUGGUAAAAUCGACUUGGAGGAAUUGGUAAAGUCGUUCGAGGAGUUGGGUAUAACGAUGGAUUACAGCGAGGCGAAGAGACUGUUGCAGCGAAUGGACACAGAUGGAAGUCUCACCAUCACUUUCAACGAAUGGCGAGACUUUUUACUGUACGCACCGAGUUCCGAUCUUCCCGGUCUUAUAGAAUAUUGGCAUCAUACAAAUUAUAUGGACAUUGGGGAAGACAUCGCUGUUCCCGAGGAUUUCACGACUAAUGAAAUGGUCUCUGGAAUGUGGUGGCGACAUUUGGUUGCCGGUGGCGUAGCGGGUAUCGUAUCGCGCACGUGUACCGCUCCUUUGGAUCGUAUUAAAGUCUAUCUGCAGGUACAUGGAACGCGACACUGCAAAAUCAGAAGUUGCUUCAGCUACAUGCUCCGCGAGGGUGGUUACAGUAGUUUGUGGAGAGGAAACGGUAUAAAUGUACUUAAAAUCGCGCCAGAAAGCGCGUUGAAAUUUCUGGCUUAUGAACAAAUUAAAAGAUACAUUAAAGGAGACAACGUUAGGGAACUCGAGAUUCAUGAACGGUUACUAGCAGGAUCUUUAGCUGGAGGAAUUAGUCAGUCAACUAUAUAUCCACUUGAGGUACUCAAAACCAGAUUUGCUCUUAGAAAAACAGGAGAGUUUUCGGGUUUAGUUGAUGCUAUCAAAAAAAUAUAUAGGCAAGGAGGUUUGAAAUCAUUUUACAAAGGAUAUAUUCCUAAUUUACUAGGAAUUCUCCCAUACGCUGGUAUUGAUCUGGCUGUGUACGAAACAUUGAAAAAUUGGUAUUUACGAAACCAUGAUAAAAGCGAACGUCCAUCGGUCUAUAUAUUAUUAUUUUGUGGAACAGCUUCUAGCACGACCGGUCAAGUGUGUUCAUAUCCAUUAGCGCUAGUCAGAACACGGUUACAAGCUAAUGCAAUAUCAGACAAGUAUCCUAAUACUAUGAUAGGUGUUUUUAAAGAAAUUCUUAGAAACGAAGGACUUCCUGGUUUGUAUAGAGGAAUAACCCCAAACUUUUUAAAGGUGGCACCAGCUGUAUCAAUUAGUUACGUAGUAUAUGAAAUCUGCAGGGAACUUUUAGGUGUUAAUAUGACGUGAUGAUUAUUUAUUUUAGGUGAUAUUAAUUUAACUAAAUUAUUCUUUGAUUAUAUUUUAAGGUGUAUAAUAAAUUAGCCAAUCGUUGGUUAAUAUUAUAAGCAAUUUGGCAUGCUCUGCCUUCUGUUAAAUGUAAUAUCGCUUAUUUAUUGUUAACUCGAAGCUUCCACAAUUAUUUAAACAUCUAUCAUUCUAUUUUUCGAAUGUAUCAUACUAUUGAUAUAUAUAUAUAUAUAUAUAUAUAUAUAUAUUAAUAAUACACAUUUAUAAAAUAUUUCAAGGAAGAGAAAGAGAGAGAGAUUAGGUAAUACAAAGUGGCCAGCAUAAAAUGACUCGAAUUAACUUUUAACUAUUUCGUAUUUAUAUACAUUUUGUGUAUGUGUUUGAUAUGUAUUAAUAAUUUAGUCGUCCUCACAGUUAUGACUUGCAUUCAUAUUUUACUUCCAUGAAGCAAAACAAAAAUGUAGAUCCAUAAUUUCAAGAUAGUAACGAUAGUACAAAGAUAUUAAGAAAAAAAAAAGGUAUUAUAACUUAUAAUUUCAUCUUUUUUUCUUUUUAAGGGAAGGUAAUGAAUGAUGUCAAAUAGUUGCAAUAUUAUAGCAAAAAAUUUCUGUUUACAAUUAAAAAAAUAACGUCAUUUAAGCAAAUAAUAUACUUAUAAAAUUACAUUUUAUCAAAAUGUAAACGAAUGUAUUACUUCAAAAUACAUUACAUGAUGUUACCGAUUCUGAAUAUAGGGAGGAUCGAGUUAUAUUGAUACUGUGAUGUGUAUGAUUAUAAGCUACAUUGAAGAAGUAAUUCAAUGCAUAACAUGUUAUUAAUUUAAAAAUUUUUCAUUUUUAUCAUUUUUUCCAGGCAGAUACAUAUAACGGUAAUAAUAGAUCCUCCGUUAUAACAAUGUUAUGCUAUGAAUCACGUCAUAAGUUGCACGUUUCAUUAAUCCUUUUUAUAAUUUAUAUAUUAAACUUGUUUCAAUGCUGGAUAUUAUAUUCUUACGUCUAUUAUUUCCAACAUAAUCAGUUGUGUAAUGUAAUGAACUUUGUGAACAAGUUGUGUACAUCAUGUAUGCUAUAAAUAUGUAAAUUUAGGCUUUACAGUAGUAUAUCGCAAAAUAGCAUUGUAAUCAAAUUUGUUUACAUUUCUCUUUCAAAUAAUUGCAAAAAUGACGGUGUUAAAGAAAAAAAGAAACAAUACUUUUACAACUUACUCUUUCAUAUAUGUGUAAGGUAUUAUCUACAAUAUAAAUUCUUGAAAUUCAAGGUACCUCGCCACAUCUUCAUCUUUCGCAUAACGUAAACGGAACUAUUAAAAUUAUAAAACUCUUUCUUCUUCGGGUAAUUGUAGCAUCUACACGUUAAAAGUACAUUGUACUUUGCAAGAACUAUUUUGUAAAUAAUGCUUACGAAUUUGAAGAAAAAGAAAACUUUACAAGAUUAUUUUAUUGCGUCUCGUGAAAGUAAAAUGUUUCACUAUAUGAAAUAUGAUUGCUAAAUUAUGAUAAAGCCGACAAGUCUUACGAAAAACAGAUAAUUUUUUAGUUCUUUUUAUGGAUAUCCAUGUAUACGUAAGAUAUUUGUAAAAAAAA